CACCAACUAAAAGUUGCACAGGUCAGCGAGUGAAAUGUGCCAUGGGUACAUCGUGAUUAGGAUACGAGGCUCCAAGGCCUCAGCCGCCAGACAGCGAAGUUAUACAGAGAUCAUCAAUUCAUAUUUCACCGAGCCCGAACGCGACCUUAAGCCCGCAUGUUUCUUAACUCCGAGAUCACCAUCUCAAGUUGCCGAUGUAGUCAAAGCCAUUAAGUCCUUCGCGGCCCGUCCACUGUUGCUAUUUGCGGCUCGGGUCAACAAACCACUCCCGCAAUUGCGAAUGCUCGAGAUGGACUCAUGAUUCAUCCACGUGAUUUCCAAGGCAUAGAUGUCAUCCUAGAAAAAAAGAUCGUCUCGAUCGUAGCGAGAGAAUAUGGGGCAGGUAUAUGAGAAACUGGAGGCUCUAAGGCUUGGAGUUGCGGGGAAUCGACACUCGAGCGGUGGAAUUGGAAGAAAUACCGUUCAAGGCAAGUCCCCAUAUCUUCACAUGCCUAU